AUGGGCUCUGAAGAGAAGAGUCAGGAUGGCGAGGAGUAUACACUGGUUGAACUGUCACCCCAUGAAACACUGGUGGAGUUCCAAGAAGGUUCUUUGGCAAAUCCAAACAACUGGUCUUUUAAUAAAAAAUUGUACAACGCAGUGGUGGGACUACUCAUCGUACUGAACAGCGGCAUCUCCUCCUCUCUACCUAGCAAUGCAGUCCCCACCAUCAUGCAAGAUUUCGAUGUAUCCGGCGACGGCCAGAAGGUCCUGCCAACAGCAAUUUUCCUGGUCGGCUACUGCGUCGGACCUUUAGUCUUCAGCCCUCUAAGUGAAACAAUCGGACGUCAGCCGAUUCUGUUCUGGUCAUUCACGGUGUUUGUUUUGGGGACACUUGCUUGUGCCUACGCACCCAAUUGGCCGGCUCUAUUGGUCUUCCGCGUUAUCUGUGGCACGAUGGCUGCUGCGCCGCAGACUGUUGUUGGCGGUGUUUAUGCCGAUUUGUUUUCUGACUUGCGAAGCCGAGGUCGUGCUAUGGCGUUGUAUAUGGCGGCUUCAAGUUUUGGGCCAAUUAUUGGGCCUAUCAUCUCUGGCUGCUCGGUUCAGUAUGGUUGGCGUUGGACGUUCCGGAUCGAUGUUAUACUAUGUGGCAUUGGCUGGGUUGGCCUUUGGGGCUUUUCUGAAACAUUCGCACCUGUGCUCCUCGAAAAGCAAGCAGCAAAGCUUAGAAAAGAGUCCGGUUCCGACCGAUAUCUUUCUCCACAGAGACUGAAGUCCUAUGAGGCCUUCACAUUGACGCAGACGAUCACCCGUCCUCUGACAAUGCUUGUUUUUGAGCCCAUCAUCUUGUUCACCUCGAUAUACAUCUCUCUUGCAUGGAGCAUGGUAUUCUUUUAUUUCCAGGCGUAUCCAAUUAUCUUCGAGGGCACUUACAACUUCAAUGUUGAAAAGACAUCUCUCACAUACAUUCCCAUUGGCCUUGGCGCCGCAUCCUCCUGCGUCUUCGCGCUCUACUACGACAGCCUCUACAACAAAGCCAAGAAAUGCGGGAAAAGAUGGGCAUCCGGGCCAGAGUCCCAGCGACUCCCACUAUCUUGCAUCUCCGCCCCCUGCCUAACAAUCAGUCUCUUCUGGCUCGCUUGGUCCGCAAAAACCAGCAUCCCUUGGAUUGUUCCAGUCCUAUCCGGCAUAGUAUUCGGACUGGGCUACCAAACAACCUUUAUCUCUCUUUUGACAUACGUCACCGAUGCAUACAAGAUCUACUCUGCCAGUGCCCUCGCCGCAUCAGUUAUCAUGCGGAGUGUUGCCGGUGCGCUCUUUCCGCUCGCUGCCGACCCGCUGUAUUCAAAGCUUGGUGUUGCGUGGGCUACUUCGGUUUUGGGACUUGCUAGUCUGGCUUGCAUCCCGAUUCCAUUUGCUUUGCUUUACUAUGGGCCUUGGAUUCGGAAACGGAGUCCAUUUUGCCAGCGGUUGCUGGAGAUGGAGAUGCGAAAGUCGUCGAGUGGGAUACAGACGCCUCAAGAGGGUGAAGUGGAGGUCUAA